AGCUCGCAAACUGCAGUUUCCCGCGAUGGAGGCUUGACAGGGCUUGGGAGUAGAUUGAUUACAGAGAAAGUAAGUGGCAGUGGUUACACAGGGUGGUUCCUGUCAAAGGAUCAUCUCCAAGUGGGUGACAUGGUGCGGUCCAGAAAGUCAUCAGGCUCCUGCAAACCCGAAAACAUGGAUGUCCCUGAAGGGACUGUAGUUGGUUUAGAAAGUGACACUGAUCGAAAUGGGUUUGUUUUAGUGAGGGUACAUGGCAUCCACGACCCAAUAAGAGUUAAUGUAUCUACAUUAGAGCGAGUAACAUUUGGGUUGGCAGCUGGGGAUUGGGUACGUUUGAAGAAGGAAGACAAGAAGCACUCACCAGUUGGUAUUCUUCAUUCCAUUCACCGUGAUGGAAAUGUGACUGUUGGAUUUAUAGGGGUUGAAACUCUAUGGAAGGGCAAUUAUUCUGAGCUCCAAAUGGCAGAAGCUUAUUGUGUGGGCCAGUUUGUGAGGCUGAAGUCUAACAUUUUUAGCCCUCGAUUUGAAUGGCCUCGAAAAAGAGGUGAUGAGUGGGCCACUGGGAAAAUCUGUCAAGUCUUACCAAAUGGGUGCCUCAUUGUCAAGUUUCCUGGUAGAUUGACAUUUGGAGAUGAAACUAGCAACUUCUUGGCUGAUCCAGCGGAAGUGGAAAUGGUUUCAUUUAACACUUGCCCAGGCAUGGUGAAGAAGUAUCAACAUCUGGAGGAUUUUCACUGGGCUGUGAGGCCACUUCUAAUUGCAUUGGGUUUAUUUACGGCCAUGAAGCUGGGAUUUUUUGUUGGGAAGGAAAUGGGAAGGCCGAAGAUGAAUAAGGGACGAAGUUCGGUGAUGCAAGCUGAUGGCCAACAUUUCGAUGGCCAGACUGCUGGCAACUCGGCAUGGCUUCCUCCAAAGGUGGCAAAUAUCAUUUUCAGAGAAGGUGUUACUACACCUACCUCUUGGUAGUUCUGAGGCUCUGGUCAGUCCCCCAAAGCAAUUGAAUUUCGUUAACUUUUUUAUAUACAGAACUGCAUCCUGGAUCUGUCACUUUAGCUUUGUGAGUUGGAUAAACUAUUUCUGUUCAGUUACAUUUGAUACUGAAACUCAGAAGAACAAGUAUGUAUAUAUUGUAAAUAGAUGGUUGGCCGUAAAUCUACUGCAUGAUUUAUAUAUGCUUGUUUAAUGCUCACAU